AACACUUAUUGCGUUAUAGAGCCUAAGUUAUAAGUACGGAGUUCUUUGAAACGAGAUAAUGUUUGUUUUUAAAGCUUUUGUCUUUGUUUUAUUUGUUAGUUUUGUUGUGGAAGCUGUUCCUGUUGUUUUUAAAGAAUCAACUCCUAAUGGUGAAUCAAUAGUAGCUAUAUCAUCAUCUGACCCAAACGUUGAGAAGUAUUUCACUCAGCAGUUUGCUACUAGAUCUGGCUUCAAGCGAGUUGAUGAUGAAGAGCAGAAUCGUCCAUUCAACAACCAGGGUCAAGUGCCUCAGGGUACAGUACAUUCCAGCUACAGUAUAGCUGUUCCCGGGAAAGCCGUGGCUGGAGCAGGCAGAAGCUUCGCGUCAGCUUCAAGUGGACCAUUCUUCCCACUCUUCGCCUUCCCCAUAAUUCCCGACAGUUAUGGAUUCAACAACUUCGGUCCCAAUGACUGGGUCCAAAAUGUUGAAGGCUUCUACAACCCCAGUUUCCCUGGGAAUAGUCAAGUAAAUAGUGCUACUGCUAUCAAUGACAAUGGACACAUUUAUGGGAAUGUUAAUUCAGUUUCGUUUGAUAAUAGGAAAAAGCCUAGUGAUGGUUUUGAUAAGCCAGCUGAAAGAUCAGAUAGCAGAGACAAAAAUGUAAACAGUUACAAUAAAAAACAAGUAGCGUAGACCCUUUUGAUAACAAUGAGAGAUACGGUAACAAUUAUUAAAAUGUGUGAUUUUUUUAAUGAUAUUUUUUCGCAUGUUUAAUUGGACAAUAGAACUACUGAAUGGGCUGAGGACAGUUUUAUGUAAUAAACACGAUUUAAAAAUCAA